UUAAUAUUCCAGCACUUAAAUCUAAGAGAUAACAAUACUAUUGAAAAACUAUCUUGUUCCAGUUUUACACAUUAUCACUACUAUCGUACUCAAGCGGUGUUCAGCAUAAUUGCGAUGGUCAUCAUGAUCAUAAGCAACACAUUCGCGUUUUAUACUUUCCGCCACCAUCGCUACAUGUACAAACGCCUAACCGCUGGACUGUGCAUGAUAGUUGCGAUGUGCAUUUUUGUAACCAUCGAGACUAUCAGUCAUUCCGUGAACAACUGGAAAGCGAUGUCCAAGGAGAACCACCCUCUUGUUUACGGCAAUUAUCUCCGCUGUAUGAGCUUCGGCUAUUCGACGAUACUGGCGUGGAUGGUAUUCGUCAUUUAUCUUUCUGCAUCCAUCGUGUUUAUACUGGCAGGUCGAAAACAGAAGGGUGACCAUGCCGCUGCCUUGGAAUUCGAAGUGGAAGAUCGUCCAUUUAUUCUUGGUCGAUGA